UAAAGCAGAAGAUGAUACUAAUCACAUUGAUAAAAUGUUUUAAAUAUAAAUAAAUGUUUGUAAUAAAAAGAGAAUAGUAUUUGAUUACUUGAAUAAGAGGAAUAAAUUAUAAUGCAUAAAAUUGUUGAUAUAAUUUGAUAUUGAUGAAGUAAUUUAGAAAAACAAAUAAGGAAAAAUGAAAUGAAAAUAUUGAAAUUUAUUAUAGAUUUCUUAACAAACAGGCAGCGAACAAUCUGUUUUACAUUGGGUGUGUUCUUUAAUUUGUGUGUGUGUGUGUGUUUUGAUUUUAAUGGCGUUUUAAAAAAUCCACCAUUAUAAUAUUAUUUUUGCGAACACCGUCUGCAAACAUCGCGAACCACCGGUUGGGAAUUACUGGUCUAGAGGAUACCCACAGGGGUCUUGUGCAGGACCAUCCCUGUGGAACAUCACUUUUAACAAAGUCCUAGCAAACAUAUGGCCAGCACACACUAAGAUUUUUGCCUACGCUGAUGACGUACAGGGUCGUUGGUAGUACAGGGUCGAACGAGAGAAGAACUGCAAAGAAAUUCUAAGUCUGCGCCAAAUUUUAACAACUGUGCCAGCAACAAAAAUUACAGGUACUAUAAAAAUAAAUGUAACAUUCUGCUCAUUGCCAAAGAAGGAGAAUCACUUGCUCGUAGACCCCUUAUCUGCAUCAAUAACCAUCGUAUUAAAAUAGCAAAAACACUUAAGUAUCUCGGUCUCAUCUUUGAUGAGAAACUGACGUGGAUGACACAUAUUUUGGAUCUGCAAUUUCGUACUUUCCUCAUAGCCCAACAUCUUCGUCGGCAACAAGGACACAAUUGGGGAACCAAUCCCCACAUACAAAAAACACUCUUCCUCGCAGUCAUCGAGAAGAUCGUCUCCUAUGGUGCUGCAGUGUGAGCCUUUCCUGUGCAGGUUAGAAAGCCACUGAUAGAGAAAAGACGGAGAGCUCGCAUCAACUCCAGUUUAGCGAUGUUGAAGGAUAUUGUUGUACCAAGCAGCGAAUUAGAAGAGAAGCGUAUUAACAGGAUGGAGAAAGCUGACAUUUUAGAAAUGACUGUCAAUUACUUGAAGAAGAUUCACGAAAAAUUAAAAUCAGGAAAAUUAGGAAUUUUGGAUGAAAGAAAUUCCAGUAGGUUUUUCGAAAAAGGAUACAGACUAUGUAUGUCAGAAGUUCAAGACUUCUUCCAGCAAAGCGACUUCGCAAAUGGCUCAAGCGAAUUGCUGCAAAGUUCCAUCCACCUUUAUUUAGAAGAGAAACUGAAAUCUGGAUUCGUCGGAGAAAGCUGUACUGCUACAAGCCACUCAAAAUCCAACGCCUUAGACUCAAAAAACACAUCAGAGGUUUCUGUCUGCAGCAGAAAAGUGAAGCCGAAACUGUACCAUUUUAAUGCAGACAGUUUUGAAACAGCGCUUUUAGAAAAAAUACAUCCAGAAACAUCUAACGAAACAUCAAUGUCGUUGCUUUCUCAUUCUUCAACGGAUGACGAUGAAUUAGACAUGCCACCAUACAGUCCAGAACUCCCUUGCAGCAACAGCAAAUCAUCCAUUACUGUGGAGGCAAAUAUUAAUUACGAACCUUUGAGAAAAGAUAAACGCAAACGUAACUGUUAUGAAUCCAUGUGGAGACCGUGGUGAAGUUAGAUUUUUCUCAUAUAAUAAAAUAAACAUCAUUAUUAACCCAGCUAUAAAUAUAUGUUAAUGUCACUGGAACCAGAGAGAUUAAUGUAAUUCUAUACGGCAACCAUAGCACCAUAGAGAUCAUAUGCCUAGACCAUUGAGAGAUUAAUGUAAUUCUAGACUACAACGUAAAGGAAGAGGGCGACGUAGUUGAUGGUAAAGGAAAGACAAAUAGUCAGUGCUGUUCCUUACAAAUUCUGAACAGGACCUUUCUUUAGCGAAAAGCAAACUAAUACUGCCUGCACUUAUCUUCAACCCAAGUAGUAACGUAGCAAAGACGUUGCAGACUGGUCCAAGAGGUUGCAAAGUGGUCCUAGUAACGUCUUUGCUACGUCAUGUGCUACUUGGGAAGUUUGCUAGUUCUACGUGAAAGAUAAGAGACGGGGAGUCAGGCGUUGCACCAGUCCCAUUGAAUUUUGGGACAAGGGCUACACAAAUACCUGUUCAUAAUGUUGCCAGAGUAUGGUACUCAGCGAUUUAUAUGGUACUCAGCCACUGCAAUCGAGGCAGCCAAACAAGCUGGAUCACUUGAGACCCACUUGCAGGCUAUCUAUUAGAUGGCUUUGAAAAUGGAAGGGAUUUGAUUCUAAUUUUACCCAGAUUUAUUAGCGCCGGAAAACCGCUGUAUCAAGGAUGUCAUUAGUAGACUUGGUAAAGGUGAGGAGAAUGUUGACUGAAAAGAAUGCACGGUGGGGAGAAUGCGUUUGUUCUUGCCAUGAAGGGUUUAUACAUCGAGAAUUUGCAAAAGGCAUGAAAGUUUAGCUUUCCAUUAACAUUAACCAGGGCCGUUCCUAGUGGCGGUGCAGCGCGUAAAAGUAUGCAGGCGGCGAAAAUAAGGGGCGGCCGGAUUCUGGGGAUACCAUGCCUAAAUAUUUUAAAUUCAUUAAAUUCAUUAAAUUCAUUGUAAGUACUUGUCAUAUGUAAAUACUUUUUAUACUAUUUGCCAUAUGUAAGUACUUAGCGAGUGUGACAUAAAAAUUUUAUUAAUCAUUGAGAACUUUUUUUUUUUUUUUUUCUUUUCUUUUUUUUUUUUUUUUUUAAAAUUUGGAGGCGGCAAUAACGGCCCAGCCAUUAACCCCAUUAUUCUAGCCUUUUAGUUACAAUAAUUGGUAUAUUAAAAUUUUGGAGAUUAUUACGACUUAUUAUGGAGGAUGGACUUUGAGUGAAAUGCUGUAUACUUUUAUGCCGAAACUCUGCAACACUCAAGUCGUUACGAGACAUCCUAUAUAAGAAAAAGUUAUAACUUUACAAAGUCUCGGGUUCUUUGGGAGAUUUCAGUGUAAGAAAUUUCUAAGACUUAAGUGAAUUACUACUGUGUCUUGUAAAGUAUCACAGAGACUGAGAAAGAACGUAACAGACUCUUUUAUUUAACUUAAUUGUUAACAGACGGCACCACUCGCGCUUACAGAAUAGCCAGCAUUUAUGGCUUAAAUCAAAAAUAAUGAAUUUGACUUAACUAAGUAAAUGUCAUUGAAUGUCAAGUAAAUGUCAAGAAUAGCCAGCAUUCAUGGCUUAAAUCAAAAAUAAUGACUUAACUAAGUAAAUGUAAGUAACAAUUAAGUUAUUUAACUUAAUUGUUAACAGACGGCACCACUCGUGCUUACAGAAUAGCCAGCAUUUAUGGCUUAAAUCAAAAAUAAUGAAUUUGACUUAACUAAGUAAAUGUAAGUUAGGCCAACGGCUACACAGAUACAGAAACGUGCAAGUUGGCUCCGACCUAGAGUCAUCGUGAUAAGCCUAACGGCGGAAAUAACGCAGCGCCGUAGAACACAGCUCUUAAGGGAAUCAAUUUAGUAACCUGGCCUUCAGAAGGCAGAAUACGCUCUGAUUAUAUCCUUUAAAACUUUCGUUUGAAUACACGAGAGCUAGAAAUUCACAUUCUGGCAGGAAAAUGCGAAAGAGAAGGACAGAAAAAAAAUUAACAUAAAAUAACGGGUAAGUGAAACUGAAAUCUUACAAAUUAAGUACAUUUUAGGCAUUUUAUACUCAAUGAACUGUGUUAGCAUUUAAGUCAAUUGACAGUUAUUUUAAAUUAUCCGAAAUGAGUUUUAAAAAUGCAUGCGAUGUGUAGUCACUAGCGGCCGAGCGGUACAGUCUCUGAACACUGGUAGUUCGGUCCAAGAUUCGAAUCCCGCGAAUGGACUGACUGCUUGGGCGUUUCCGUGGUUUUCCUCACGUGUAACGUGUUAGUACGAGCCAGAAACAGUCGUAACGUGUUAGUACGAGCCAGUUUCCUUAGAAAGUCCUCCACGAAGACGUACCUCUCUUCCGUUUAGUGCAUAACAGUAGUAAAAUAUGCAGUUCGUCACAUCACAAUUUAUAUGAGAAUACGAAGCUUUUCUUUCGCGUAUUUGACAAUAAAUCAGGGAAUUUAUGCGGUUAGAUCGCUGCAACAAUAAUACCAUGGUAAGAAAGAAAGCAAUCAGUAUCGAAUCAGAAAGGAAUUCUGAAUGCUUUUUUUUUUUUUUUUCAAAAAGAAGUUCUGAUUGUAAUUGCUUGAAAAAUGAAUAGGCUUCAAGUCGCCAGUGUCCAAUCGAACCUCGACAGAAAUCCAGUUUUUCGUGGUUUACACUAAGAUUUCCAACUGGGUUAAUAAUACAUGCAAAUUACUGUAUGAAUUAUUUUGUGUAUUGUAUAAAAUACUAUAUUCUCAGGGUUAAUAUCAUGUACUUACAUACAGACAUUAAUGAUAAUAAAAUGAAUAUUGCGCCUCGUUUGUCUAAUUGUGAAUCUCAUUUAUGCUGUCCCAGGUUUAUUUGAAUACAAUAGUAAUUCGAUACUGUUUUGGUCACUGCCAUACCGUCAAUCUGACCAAAAACACUCCAAAAGGGAUUUUCCUUUACCUCCAUAACACAAGACAUCCUCAGAAUAUCUUAUUUAAGUCGCAAUGUCCCGGGAAACAGUCCUGAGGAUGUUCAUUCUCAGAUAUCCUGAGCACUUCUCAAGUCAUAUUUUAAGAAUCGAAAUCUUACUCUAUGGAUAUUCUGCAAAUGAAAAUUUAAUUGUUAUGUUUACACAUAUUUUGUAGCAUUAUUUUUUGGAGGCGCAACUUUUCGCGAAACAGCGUUUACAGAGAACCUUUCCCUUUUUUACAAAGACAGAGUAAUACAGAAAAUGGUAUAUUUCGGUUACAGGUAAAUAAAUGCCUACAGAUAUAAACCAUUUGCAUGCAAAACAAUUUAUAACUAAUUUAAUUUCUUCUUAAAGUAUUUCUUAAAACGUUUUAUUAUUGUUAUAUUGUAUUCAAUAUUUAAUAAUAAGAUUUUUUAGCUUUCCAAUAAAACAUUUUGCAACUGAAGAAACUUGAUGAAUUGGCUGACAUCGAAAAUAUUUAUUCCGAUGUUAUGUUUACAGUUUAGCAGAUCGUUUUGAUGUUAUUGACUUCCAAAUACAUAUAAACAUCUUAAACAAUGUAAAAUUAAUGGUAUGAAGUGUUUUAAAAUGUGUAAUGUAAGAAAACUGCAUUAUUUUUAAGACUGGUACACGUAUUGUAAAAGGCAAUAUGUGGAGUUACUUCUCCUCCCUGAUGAAGUGACAUUGAGGUUGAUUGAAUUCCUCUUCUGUUUUUGUUCAUUUUUCUUUAAAUUUCGUUAAUUUUUUUAAAUGGGGUUUUGUUUCAUUGAAAUGUUUUGGAUUUAACAUUUUAAAAUUCUUUGUUGCAUUUAUAUAAUGAUUUGAAAUUUAUUAAUUAUGCAUUUCAAUUUCUGGUCUUUGUGAAAUAUUAGUUCUAAAUUUCUUGCUCUAUGUCUUUAAUAAUAAUUUUUUCGCAGCUUAAUGCGCGAAAAUACUGGGCAUGUUUGUGUUUUGUUUUCAAAAGAAUUGUUUUGCAAUAAUACAUUUAGAUAUUUAGAUUCUGAGAGUAUUAGUAAAUAAACGAUAGAACAUCCGCUCUCAAACGACAACUUCUGAAAGUGACCAAUAUUUCUAACAAUAUAAAUAAAUAUUGAUAAUUAAGCAUUAUUUCUCUAAGACGACUAUCUCUAUAGAAGACCAAAACUUCUCGAAUCGUGGACAGUCAUCAAAGAGAAUUCUCUUUAAUGCGAAAUUAUCGCACGACUGUAAUUCAAUAGCAGUAGCAGUACGCGGUUGAAAAGCAUUUUUUGUCCUGUAAUUUUUUUUAAAAAGUCUAUUUUUCUAAUUUUGCCUAUAUUUAUAGCGAC